AAAGCCGCUGUACUUGGUAUCCACUCAUUCAACGUCACUGCCGCGUCACUGUGAACGUCCACAUCAGCGCUGGAGAUCGGAAGGCACUAUGAGGAGGGCAAUUUUGACCACACGUCCUCUGUGGAUACUGUUGCUGAUGGUUGCCGCCGUCACAGGAGGUCGGGUAGAGAAUGUCGAAUACUGGAAACAAUAUGGAGACUCCCGUCUGUAUAAAUCCUUGACUCGUGAGAACGUGGUGGGUCACACCAAGAACGUCAUCAUCUUUAUCGGCGACGGUAUGGGCAUGUCCACCAUCACUGCUGCCCGCAUCUACAAGGGACAGCUUGCCGGAAAGUCUGGGGAGGAGAACCAGCUGGCCUUUGAACACUUCCCCACUGUCGGCCUUUCCAAAACAUACAAUGUGGAUAAACAGGUUCCGGACUCAGCAGGGACCGCCACAGCCAUGUUCACGGGAGUGAAGUCCAACUACUACAUGCUGGGACUAGAUUCGAAUGCCAAGUUCAACGAGUGUGACGCCGCAAUCAACGAGAAGAGCCGGUUGGACUCUAUCAUGACGUGGGCUCAGGCGGAAGGAAAGCAUACAGGGAUAGUCACCACAACCAGGAUCACUCACGCCACCCCUGCAGCCCUGUAUGCACACAGCAACAGCCGGGACUGGGAAUGCGAUUCUGAAAUCCCACCAGUCUUCAGAGGCUGUACUAAGGAUAUUGCGAGGCAACUGGUAGAGGAAGAACCUGGAAAGAAUUUCAGAGUCAUAUUGGGAGGAGGGAUGAGACAGUUUGGGAUUCAAGUAGAUCCUGGAACUGAUGAUUCAUGUGAUCGAACGGACGGCAGAAACCUUUUAGAAACCUGGAUGAAGGGCAAAACUAACUAUUUGUUCGUGAACAACACAGCAGACCUGAUGAGUGCUGACACUACCAAGGUUGAUUACUUGCUGGGGUUGUUUGGUCCUGGCCACAUGCCCUAUGCAUUGCAGCGAGAUCGUGGUCCAAAAGGGACACCAUCUCUGCAGGAAAUGACAUCACAAGCCAUGAAAGUGUUGUCGAGGCACCGAGAGGGCUACGUGCUGAUGGUGGAGGGAGGGCGUAUAGACCACGGCCACCAUGCUAAUUACGCGCAGAUGGCACUACACGAGGCCGCUGAGCUGGACGACGCCGUAGCAUAUGCAGCAAGCAACACGAACCCAGCUGAUACUCUGAUUAUUGUCACUGCUGAUCAUUCGCACGCCUUCACCAUCAACGGUUACCCCAACCGUGGGAACGAUAUCUUAGGUUACGCAAGCAAAUCGUCUGUGGAUGUUCCGUACGAGACGCUAACCUAUGCAAAUGGCCCAGGAUUUUACACUCACCUGGCAUCGAACUCGUCCAACUGUACAGGGAGCUUGUGGCGAGUGAUCGCCGAGGAAGAGAGAAAGCAAGCAACAUAUCGUCACUUCUCACCAUAUUACCUUGGGGAUGAAACCCACGCCGGUGAAGAUGUACCUGUUUACUCUAGUGGACCCAGUUCACACUUGCUAUCUGGUGUCUUCGAGCAGAACUACAUCGCUCAUGUGAUAGGCUACUCUGCCUGCAUCGGCCCAGCACGCGUGUACUGCUCAGAUGAUAACAACGUAGGCAUGCUAAGAAGUCACAGUGGAUCUACAACAGUGCUGCCAACUAAAAUUCUCUUAGUGUUCCUGCUCAUAUUUACGCUAGUCUCAAAGAACAGGCGGUGACAGUGUUUACGUAUGUUGAUCAUAGUUAUUGCUAGACUUCAUUGUUCCGAACUUCAUGCAAAGAGGACCUAAGUUACGUGGGUAGUUUAUUACAGUGUUACAUGAAUAUAUUAGAAUUGAUCAUAUCCUGUAUUUCAAGGUCAACAGAACACAAGAUCAGCCUGUUUCAUACACAGAAGUUCUCUUUGGAUUCUAUCAGUUCAGAAUCACUCUAUGAGGAUGGAUUUUUAUGGAUCUGUUUCUGGAUCUGAAGUUUCAAUGGUUAUUAAAACUAUGCUAAUGUAAAUUAAGUGAAAGAAAAUAAAUGUUUUAUAUGGACA